UCAAUCUUCUACAUCAUAUUCUUUAUCAAGGUCAUCAUCCACGUCUGAACUUAAUGGUGAAGAUAAAUAUAAAUCUUCAAAAAUAUCAGAAUUAAAAAAACAAAUUCACGAAAAACAGAUUUUGUUGGAAGCUUUAUCAUAUGAAGCGGCACCAACCUCUUAUGGUAGUUCUUAUUCCGGAGAUUAUACUGAUGUUAAUGAAUGGAAGGAUAAAAUUAAAGAUAUUCAAAAUCAAAUCAUUGAAAAGGAACGUUCAAAUCCAGAAUGGCUUAAUAGAGAAUUCACUCGAAAUUCUGAAGAAUUAAAUUCUUUACUUGAGCAACAUAAAAAUUUAGAUUAUGAAUUGAACAAUAUGCUUGUUGCAACUGUUCCUGACUUGAUUAGUAGGGUUCGUGAAACGGAUAAUAAAAUUGCUGAUGCUAAAUUAGAACUUUUUAAAUUAAGAGAAGGCAACGGUGGAGAGUCCAAUUUAAAUAUUAUUGGUACUGGGCCUGGUGGAACAAUUACAGAAUCUGAUAGGAUUAAAGCGAAAGCACAAGCUAUGCUUCAAGCUCGUAUGGCCGCAAUUACCGGCAAACCUGCCAAUUUAGGUGGUGGCAGUGGUUCAGACCCUAGAAGGCUUGAAGAAGAGACUAACAGGAUUAAUUCUGAAAAAGCUGAGCGUGAAUAUAAAAUUGCCGAAAUUGAAAGAAAUAUUUCAAAAUUACAAGAUUCGGUGAUAAUAAUUUCAAGAGAUAGAGAAGAAAUUGAAGAUCAAUAUCGUAAACUUGAACGUAACAAAAGAGAUCGGGAAGUUGAAGUACGAAAAUGGGAGGAUGGCAUCGGUGUGGAGGAUGAGGUUAGAAAGUUCAUUCAAGAUCUUAAAAGGGAUAGUUUUGGCUCUUCAACUACAUCUC